CUGCAGGUCGCAACUUGCCCCAGAAAGACAAUUAUUCCACUUUUGGGCCAUACGCACUCCAACUCCAGUGGUAUCGCCCCAGGUAUCAUGGUGUUUCUUCUCGUUUCAACCCGUCCUCCUCGCCGUUGACAAGGCGCAACCGCCUUUCCAGAGUCAAAAAUGGCAAAUAACCGGAUUCCGAUCAAUUACGUGACGCCUUCAUUCCCGUCGCUCUAUUACCCCUUCCCAGCACAGAAUGUCGACGCCUACUAUCUCUACCAUACCCGGGAUAUCUGGCGCUUUACACUAUAUUGGACUUUGAUCUUUUAUCAGGCCUGCUACAUAACGGUGGCGGUCUGCGCUCUGGUUAUGCAAGGUCGCAGCUGGAGAAUAGGUAUCGCAGUUCCCGUGCUUUACGUAUUGAUUGGGGGGUUAGAAGCUCUUCUAGCGGGGAGUAUCGUUGGUGUCGUUCUCGGUGCUGUUUACGAAGCGGGUAACUUUAGAAUGUCUACCUGGAUCCCUAUAUUAUGGGGCGGUGUGAACAUCUUGGUUGUGAUACUCGCGAGCUUCCCCGUGCAAGGUGGGCUGUGAUGCCUUGCGAAACAAGAUGGGUAUUAUUCCAUUCAUGGUAUUAAGUCCCGAAACCGAUUGGAAGUAAAUUCCCAAACAGUACGCCCGAAAAUGCAGCGGAAAAUCCUAUAUGAUACAUCCAGAGACAAACGCUCUAUUUCCCAUAAUCCCAUCGUUGUCAAAUCCCGACCCGCCUGCCGUUGCCCCCCCCC